AUGGAUCUAAGAGUGGGACGUAAGUACAGAAUCGGCAGAAAGAUCGGAAGUGGGUCCUUUGGCGACAUUUACCAUGGCACAAACCUAAUAAGCGGAGAAGAAGUGGCCAUCAAACUGGAAUCCAUCCGGUCCCGGCAUCCACAGCUGGACUACGAGUCCAGGGUGUACAAGUACCUGAGCGGCGGGAUCGGGAUCCCGUUCAUCCGGUGGUUCGGACGAGAAGGCGAGUACAACGCCAUGGUGAUCGAUCUGCUGGGCCCAUCGCUGGAAGAUUUGUUCAACUACUGUCAUCGCAAAUUCUCGUUCAAAACCGUGAUGAUGCUGGCGUUGCAGAUGAUCUGUCGCAUCCAGUACAUCCACGGCCGGUCUUUUAUCCAUCGCGACAUCAAACCGGACAAUUUUCUCAUGGGUGUGGGUCGUCGUGGAUCCACCGUGCACGUUAUCGAUUUUGGACUUUCCAAAAAAUAUCGGGAUUUUUCCACCCAUCAUCACAUCCCAUACCGUGAAAACAAAAAUUUGACAGGUACCGCCAGAUACGCUUCUGUCAACACACAUUUGGGUAUCGAACAAUCCCGCAGAGACGACCUGGAAAGUUUGGGGUACGUGCUAAUCUACUUCUGCAAGGGAUCUCUACCCUGGCAAGGUUUGAAAGCCACCACCAAACGUCAAAAAUACGAUCGCAUUAUGGAAAAAAAAUUGUGCAUUAGUGUUGAACAAUUGUGUGCCGGUCUCCCGGUAGAGUUUGUGGAAUACAUGCGGUACUGUCGUAACUUGAGAUUUGAUGAAAGACCAGAUUAUUUGUAUUUGGCUCGUCUUUUCAAAGAUCUCAGUAUCAAAUUGGACUACCACAACGACCAUUUAUUCGAUUGGACCAUGUUGCGAUACACAAAGGCAAUGAUCGAAAAGCAACGUGCGUUGGGAGAAUUGCCAAUGCCCGAAGAGCCCAAGGACGAUGAAUCGAAACAAGACUCCUUCAACCGCGUAAAACAACUUGCAAUGCGCAAGUUUUCUACACAUUUCCAUUAUUGCCGGUCCGAGGACAAACAUCAUCCCUCUGCCGACGAGAUCAAGCAGCAAACGGCUCAAAACAACCAGGCAAUCCUAUCCAUCCCUCAAGAUUUGUUGAGCGCCAUUGACAAAGACAUGGACAAUCUUAAGCAGAAUGUUGCUCAGGCUCCGGAAGCCUCUUUGCAACAACAGCAACAGCACCAGCAACAGCAACAGCAACAAGCACUCCAACAGCAGCAAGAACAACUUCAGCAGCAACCGCUACAGUCUCGACAGUUUCAAAACGAAGUGGCUUAUCAAAACCGUGUUCCCGUUGCAGAGCCUCUGCUGCAAACUCAAAAGGAUGCAGAUUACGACGAUCUCAAGCGCACGUUGGAUAUGCUAAACAGCAACGGUACUCCACAGCCCACGUCGUCCCGUAAACCUACCCAGAGCACCACACAGUAUCCGCCUGCUGGCGCCAACAACAACAAUAACACCAAACCUUCAGGUGGUGACAUUUGGCUAUAG